AUGUAUAAAUUAUAUGACUUGGACAUCGAAAAUUUGGAGCAGGAACUCUUUUUGUCCAGUUCCUUUCAUCGUAAUUUCAAAAACUUGGACAGUAAAUGUGUCACAAUGGUUAAGUGCAAUUAUGCUCAACCACAAUUUGAAAAAAAGUUGAUUUCGACCUGUCGGGCCAUUCUUUGUUAUCCAUUACAUUCAUUUUGUGUUUUUUAUUGUAUUUCAGAUGACAUAGCUCUGGCUGCAAAUAGGAAAAAGUGCCAUCAUAAAAAAUGCAUUUGUUCCCGAGGAAAAUUGAACAAUUUUCGUUGUACGUUGAUUUCUCAACAUCAAGAUUGCUUAUCAUAUUUCAGCAUACAAUUUGAUUCAUACAAUGUUGCUGACGUAGAAACCGGAAAUGAAUUAACUCAUCCUUUUGCGUAUGUGCUAUGUAUGCUUUUUGUAAAAAUACGUAUCAAAGAUCAAAUUUUUGAGAAAUUUGCCACACUACACCGUCAUUUGUUGUCGGAGUUGGGUCGAAGGGCGUACAGCUCGAAACCAUUCAUCUUUAAACAUUUGUUUUAA